AUGGUAGCUGUACUGAUCAACGUCAAAGUUGGGAAAGAAACAAUGAUUAGACAAGUGGCAGGAAAACACAGUCUACACGAUGAAACAAAUGACAACGGACUUAAACUAAUUGACUUGGCAACCGGGAAUGGUCUAGUAAUAAAGAGUACAAUGUACCCACAUAAAAAUAUUCAUAAAGGGACAUGGAGUUCACCAGAUGGAAGAUAUACUAACCAAAUAGACUAUAUUCUGGUCGAUUCAAGAUAUAAAAAUUGUAUCCAAGAUGUCAGAUCGAUAAGAGGAGCAGACUCGAACUCAGAUCACUAUCUCGAAAGAGGAAAAAUGAAAAUAAAACUUAAAAGACGCCCUCAUACAAAUAUGGAACAACUAACCAGAUAUGAUGUAACAAAACUGGAUGGCCCAAAAUGUGCAAAUACUUUCAGACAAAAAAUACGUUAA